CCUUCCCACUUUGUAUACUCAUUGGCUGGCUUGGUUCUAAAAGGGAUUUUAAAAAGGAGAAUAAUUUGCCUUUGCCUGGGAUUUGAGACUGUGAGAGUGCUGAAAGGCUCAUCUCUCGGCUUCCCACGAUGCAGAUCUCUCGGGCUGCAUGCUCUGUCUGUGUCCUGAUCCAAAUUGCCUUUCGCUUAGUGGAAGGAUGGCAAGUUUUUAAGAACGAUGCUACAGAAAUCAUCCCAGAUCUCACUGAAAAUACGGAAACACCGAUGGAGCAGGCUUACAGCAACAAUAACAACACAAUGAACCAGGCAAAACAUGGGGGAAGACACCCACAGCAGUCUCUGGACCCUAAUGAUGCCUCAGAUUUUAGCUGCAGAGAGCUGCGCAUCACCCAUCAUGUCACUGAUGGGGCUUGCCGCAGCAUCAAACCCAUCAAGGAACUAGUCUGCUCAGGCCAGUGUGUCCCCUCCCACCUCCUCCCUAACUCCAUUGGUAGAGGAAAAUGGUGGCGCCAGAAUGCUUUGGAUUACCGCUGCAUUCCUGCACACACUCGCACUCAGCGCAUCCAGCUGACCUGUCCCGGGGAAGAGACUCGGACUUACAAAUUCCGAGCUGUCACCGCAUGCAAAUGUAAACGCUACACUCGCUACCACAACCAAUCUGAGCUCAAGGACUUUGGGAAGGAAACCGUCAGGCCUCAGAAGAACAAGAAGCCUCGUCUCUCCCGAGCCAGGAGUAGCAAAUCCAACCAACCUGAGCUAGAAAAUGCGUAUUAGAAGGCCCUCUCUAAGAUAUACAGCCCAGCAGCUCUGGAUAGUUUGUAUGACACCACAUGUCACAGACAGACAGGCCAGAAUGAGGUACUGACUGCAGUGGAAUCCAGUUCCUCCUGCAACGUUGGGUCAAGGGCUCACUUAGAUUCUAACAGCCAUGGUCUGAUGACAGAAUUAAGAUAAAUUGAGCUGGUCGUAGCAGCACCUACAUUCAGUCUGAGAGUAGAGUUACUCUUGGAAUUUGCAUGGGGUGGUGUGGUUUGUUCAUUGAGAAAGGCAGAGGAAA